AUUCUAGGUUUCAUGGGCUCUCUGUCUCCUCCAGGAGCAGGAACUUAAAGCUGCUGCUGAUGGUGUCUUAUCUGAAGUGAGGAAAAAACAAGCAGAUACCAAAAGAAUGGUGGACAUUCUUCGGGCCUUGGAAAAACUGAGGAAACUCAGGAAAGAGGCUGCAGCCAGGAAAGGAGUCUGUCCUCCAGCCUCAGCAGAUGAGACUUUUGAGCAUCAUCUUCAGCGACUAAGAAAACUCAUUAAAAAACGCUCUGAAUUAUAUGAAGCUGAAGAGCGAGCCCUCAGAGUUAUGCUGGAAGGAGAGCAAGAGGAAGAGAGGAAAAGAGAAUUAGAAAAGAAACAGAGGAAAGAAAAAGAGAAAUUUUUACUUCAAAAGCGUGAAAUUGAGUCCAAGUUAUUUGGGGAUCCAGAUGAGUUCCCGCUUGCUCACCUCCUGCAGCCUUUCCGACAGUAUUACCUGCAAGCUGAGCACUCCCUGCCGGCGCUCAUCCAGAUAAGGCAUGAUUGGGAUCAGUACCUGGUGCCAUCUGAUCAUCCCAAAGGCAACUCCGUUCCCCAGGGAUGGGUCCUUCCCCCGCUCCCCAGCAACGACGUCUGGGCAACCGCCACUACGCUGCAUUAGUAAAGAUGCCCCAGGAGUGCGGUCCAGCCAGGGCUCCUCCCAACUCUAUGUGUUAGUGAUGCCGCCAUCUUCUCAUGCUGUAGACUAAACCACAAUCUCUCCACUCCCAUGUCGCAUUUCCCUACCCAGAACUUAUGUUUUCCUUCCGUGUUCUGUGCUGGUCAGAGGUGCCUCUUGAAUCAAGAGAUUAAUGUGGUUCUUCAGGAAAGGACCUAGGUGAACUGGGGUUACUACCAUAGGCAGUGGCCUUAGUUCACCAAAUUUGCCUCUGUUUUGAGGGGCUUGGUCCAGAGUGACUUGUUAAUUUACUCUUACUCUCCUUGUGUGGUGAUGGGUAAGUACACCCCCUCCACUCAAAACAGGUGUGCACUGGAUAGAUGUAGCAGCCUUUCUCCUAGUCCUGAGUGAAGGAAGCUUGACAACCUCCUCACCUUCCUACCCAGAGAGCCCUCUAACUUCCAGGAGGAAAGUCAGACAUGCUUUGUCUUCUGUUUUAUGAAUCCCACUUGGGGCGCAGCUUGAGAGGCUGCAGACUGCAGGCUGGGCUGCCAUAAAAGCUGAUAGAAAACCUGGAGAGUACCUGUACCCAGCACUGGAUUGUGUUUUAAUGGACGAUGGCUGCUUUUUCCCCAUGUUAGAAGGAUCUUAAUGAAAGCAUCUGUGUUUUAAGUUCCUAACGGUUUAGUUGUUCACAGAGUCCCCAAGGAUAGAAAUUAAUUUCCCUACGGGAGCAGGACCUUAACUUCACUCAGUCACAUUGAGGGUGGGGUUUGGUAUAGCUGUGAAAUUUUCUUAGGAUCUCAGGCUUCCAAAAACACCCAUGUAGUUAAACCUGGGGAAAGCAGGUAAAAAUAAUAAAAUUUAUUUUCUUGUAUUCAUUAAUAAAUGCUGUUGUGCUUGGAGAUAAUCAGUUAUAUAACACACCAGGUUUUGUUUCAGUUUGUUUUGCCUUUUGUCAUUUAUUGUGUUAUUUAUAUUUCCAAAAAGCUAAAUAAAUAAAUCAUCUUUAUUUUUUAGUUCGA